AUGCGUGAAAUCAUUAGCAUCAACGUCGGCCAGGCUGGCUGCCAGAUUGCCAACUCCUGCUGGGAGCUGUACUGCCUCGAGCACGGCAUCCAGCCCGAUGGCUAUCUCACGGAGGAGCGGAAGGCUGCCGAUCCAGACCACGGCUUCAGCACCUUUUUCACGGAGACUGGCCAGGGCAAGUAUGUGCCGCGCACUAUCUACUGCGAUCUCGAGCCCAACGUCGUCGAUGAGGUCCGCACCGGUCCCUACCGCAGUCUGUUCCACCCGGAGCAGAUGAUCACCGGCAAGGAGGAUGCGUCCAACAACUAUGCUCGUGGCCACUACACCGUCGGCAAGGAGCUGAUCGACCAGGUGCUCGACAAGGUCCGCCGCGUCGCCGACGGCUGCGCCGGUCUCCAGGGCUUCCUGGUCUUCCACUCCUUUGGCGGUGGUACCGGCUCCGGCUUCGGUGCCCUGCUGAUGGAGCGCCUGUCGGUCGACUACGGCAAGAAGAGCAAGCUGGAGUUCUGUGUGUACCCGGCACCGCAGACCGCUACGUCCGUCGUCGAGCCGUACAACUCCAUCCUGACCACCCACACUACCCUCGAGCAUGCCGACUGCUCCUUCAUGGUCGACAACGAGGCCAUCUACGACAUCUGCCGCCGUAACCUCGGCCUGGAGCGGCCCAACUACGAGAACCUGAACCGUCUGAUUGCUCAGGUCGUCUCGUCCAUCACCGCCUCGCUCCGCUUUGACGGCUCGCUCAACGUCGACCUGAACGAGUUCCAGACGAACCUGGUGCCGUACCCCCGUAUCCACUUCCCUCUGGUCGCUUACGCCCCGGUCAUCUCGGCGGCCAAGGCCGCGCACGAGGCCAACUCCGUCCAGGAGAUGACCAUGUCCUGCUUCGAGCCGAACAACCAGAUGGUCAAGUGCGACCCCCGCCACGGAAAGUACAUGGCCACCUGUCUGCUGUACCGCGGUGAUGUCGUGCCGAAGGACGCCCACGCUGCCGUCGCUACGCUCAAGACCAAGCGCACCAUCCAGUUUGUCGACUGGUGCCCGACCGGCUUCAAGCUCGGUAUCUGCUUCCAGCCGCCCGAGAUGGUCCCCAACGGCGACCUGGCCAAGGUCAACCGCGCAGUGUGCAUGCUUUCCAACACCACUGCGAUCGCCGAGGCCUGGUCCGCACUGUCGGCCAAGUUCGACCUCAUGUACUCCAAGCGCGCGUUCGUGCACUGGUACGUCGGCGAGGGUAUGGAGGAGGGCGAGUUCUCCGAGGCCCGCGAGGACCUGGCUGCGCUCGAGCGCGAUUACGAGGAGGUCGCCACGGAUUCCCUGGAGGGUGAGGAGGGCACCGAGGCCGAGUACUAG